AGAGGAAGGGGACGUGCUGCUAUCAAAUGCGACUUGUUUGUUGGUUGUGCUGCGUGUCUGUGUGUGCCAGUCGGUAUAUAUGGUUGUCCCUUUCAUUGUUUCGGUCAUGGUACAACAUCCAUGUAUGUGUGCAUUUUCAUAAUGAAUGAAUUUGCUCCUGUGAAAAUAGAACUGUCAAUUUUUUUCGAUGAUUUCUCGUAUAGCAUCAGCAAGCACUAAAAAAAGGUACAGAGCAUAACAAAGAUAGAAAAGGAGUUUUGACUGAAUAGUGAUCUAAAUCAAACUUAUAACAGAAAAAGUGUGUGGUUUCAUUCAGAAAUUGCAUUUAAAUUGUUGGAUGUGAGAGCGGAGACGAAAUUUUAUCGAAACGUUCGUGUUGAAAAUGCACUAUCAAAAUGUCUUGAAGCAAAUUCUAGUUUUGUUUUGGAUCUACUCAACUUGUUAUGAUGGAAUAUUUGCUGAGGUCCAACUUGGUGAUCCAUAUAGGAUUUUGGGGGUUGAACGAAAAGCAUCGCCACAGGAAAUCCGACAAGCAUAUAAGAAAUUAGCGAAAAAGUGGCAUCCAGAUAAGAAUGAUGAUCCUUUGGCUGAAACGAAAUUCGUUGAGGUCAAAAAAGCAUACGAACUUUUAUCAGACAAUGAACGUCGUAGUGCAUACGAUUUACAUGGAGUAACCCAUGAAGAUGCAUUCAAUUCUCGGAGUGGGCACGACUAUAGUCAGUAUGGCCGCUUUGCAACUGAUCCAUUUGAAGAGUUUUUUGGGCAUCGAUUCAGCUUUGAUCAAGAUAUCAGUAUUUUCCAUAAAUUAUCCAUCACAUCACGCUACUAUGACACUCAUGUAUUACCGCGUAGCUACACCACUCCACACAUCCUAAUGUUUUAUGCUGAUUGGUGUUUCUCGUGUAUGAAAGUGGCUGGUGCAUUCAAGAAGAUCAAAGAAUCGUUAGAGCCGCUGGGUUUCGUAUUUGCUACAGUCAAUGCAGGCCACGAGGCGAAUCUAGCUCGAAAAGCAAGUGUACAUGUUUUACCAUGUUUAGUGUUGGUGUUGGACGGUAAAAAUUAUGUAUUCAAAGAAAGUUCGUUCGUUCUUCAAAGCGUCGUUGAUUUUAUUCGCCAAAAAUUACCAUAUAAAAUGAUUGUGCCGAUUAACGACGAUAAUGUUGACGAAUUUUUGAGUGGUUGGUCAGACAAUCGUGUUCGUGCUUUAAUCAUGGAGCCUCGUAAACAGAUUCGACUUCGAUAUUUAAAUACUGCUUUCGAGUUCAGGCAACGCGUACUAUUCGGGUUCGUACAACUGAAUACAGGUGCAGCGGAUAAAAUACAGGAGAUGUACAAGGUUCACCCAAGCCUUGACACCUUGUUGAUGUUUAACGAAGAUUCGAACCGGCCUGUGGCCAGUAUUUCAAUGAACGAUAUUCCCACACAAACACUUAAUAAUGUUGUAUCUGCUAACCAGUAUUUGGCCUUGCCCCGACUCUCAUCACAGGAUCUUCUGGAUGGUAUUUGCCCUACUGAGUGGAAUCGACCGCGAAAGCGUUUGUGUGUUAUUUUGGUAACCGAAAAUACUAAUACACACGAUGAAGCUCGCGAUGCACUGAGGAAAAUAGCCCUUGAAUCUGCAUUCAGUGCAGACCGUGUCCGUUUCGCCUACAUUUAUCAAGAUCGCCAAGCUGAAUUUGUGAGCGCGUUAGCAAAUGGCAGCGAAGAUACUCUACUGCGAUUGGUCGUGAUUUGGCGCCGUGAUACUUCUCACAUUAAAUAUGAAUGGGUGAGUGGUGUUUCGUUGCACGUCAAACAUCUAGAAAAUGAAACGUACGAGCAGAGUUUCAAUGCUACGAAACGUAAGCUAGACGAAUCGAUUCAACGCUUGCUUCGUACAUCCGAAUCCCUGUCAUAUGAAGCUGAAGUCAAGGAUCUGCUCGAUGAACAUGCGCAAAGCAUUUUUGUUCAAAUUCUCAACAAAAUGUUCCUACUUCUUGAAUAUUUCGGUGACAAUUUGGGACGUGAACAUGUUCUACCGGUGCUAUCAGUAUUUGGAACCAUUGGAUUCAUCGUAGCCAUUGGCUAUUUGUUGGCGUAUUUGGUGCGAAUCGAAGAGGAAGACAUUCAGAAGAAACAAAGCACCAAAAACAAUAAUAAUAAUAAUGGAACUGCAAAACCAGUACCAUAUGUGCCAGAACUCAAAUUGCAUGAAUUACGUGCCGAAAAAUAUAACGGUUUGGUUCGGCUAUUGAAGCCGGGCUGUCGAACUAUCAUUCUUGUUACGGACUUGCAAUCGAGACCAAAGUUGAUUCCAGGUUUUCAUAAAGCUGUGUGGCCUUAUCGAAAAAAUAAAACAUUGAUGUUUGCACAUAUGCUCAUUGAACGUGGUCAAUCGUGGUUCACCGAAUUGCUACGUUUAUCACUGCUGGAAUCGAGAGAUUUACAGAUUAAUCCGAGAAAUUGUAUUGGAACCGUGUUGGCAUUGAAUGGGCAUCGAAAAUACUUCUGUAUGUAUCAUGCCAAACAUCCAGAGACGAUUCGAGGCACGAAACGAUUAAUCAAAUUGACGCGUGAGCUAAGCAAUAGUAAUGACCCAGAAGCAGGAGCGUUCCUGGGAAUGAAUGGAAAUGAUUCAGACUCGGACGAAUAUGGUGGUGGCAGUGAAUUAGAUGAAAAAAUUUUACUCGAAGAAAAUUUAUUGGACGGGUUGAGCAAUUGGUUGGAUCGUUUAUUCGAAGGCUCGACACACCGUUAUUACAUAAAUUAUUGGCCUGAUUUCCCAACCAAAUAGGCUAAAUACACAAUGAAAGAAAAAAACACAAAGCAAACGUUUAUAUCACACGCGAUUCAGUGGUAUAUCCAAAAAAAAAAAAGUCAAAGAAAUGUAUGUUCCCGAUAAUCUUAACGAACACAAAAAAGGUUUAAAAACAAUACAAUACUCCCGAAUAAGCACGUGUACACGUAUUUGUAUCGUAUCAUUAAUUUAAAUGAAUUCUAUAAAAAUAAUAAUUGAUUUGUGAUUGACGUAAGAACAAGAUGUCCUUCCUUCCACACGACAAAUUUUAUGUUCAAGCAUUUACUUGGUAUACCAAGCUAUAGCAAAAUAUAAAAUUGAAGAGGAAAGAAAAAUACAUUGAACCCGUUGAAAUAUAAGCGUGUGUCAAUUCACGCCAUUUAUUGCGACUCUGACCGAAAUUGACAGCAAAUCAAAAAUCAAUGUAUUGCGAACAAAAAUAAGCCAUCAACACUAAGUAACCAGACACAGUUUAUAUUUAUCUCUUACAUACAAUUUUAUUUUCUAGUCAUUUCCAAAUGUGUUUUUGUUGGAUAUUUUAAAUGAAACUAUUUUACGUUUUAAGCAUAAUUAAGAAAAACUCUAUAAUUUAAUCGCCAGAUCGUUGACAUAUAUAGCUCUUUUUGUUCUUUUUAGCUCUCUGCUAGAAUAUUUAAUAUAUGGCCACUGGCCAAAACUAUUACUAUAUGUUAUACGUAUCAGCAAAGAAGAUCAUCCAAAUGCAAUCAACUUGAGGGACAGAAAUAAAGUAUUUUUUUUUUUUUUUUUUAUUUACAAUUUUUGUUACAAUAAUAAGAAGAAAAGAAUCUAUGGAAAAAUAUAUAAAUGCGAACUCCCUUUGCCGCUCAA